GCACGAGCGACGUGACGCUUUACGCUUCGGCAUGGACUCGCUGACUGGCGGCACACACAAACGUGCAGUUAACGCGAAUGCUGAUGACGAACUUGACAUUGAAACAACAACGAGCCACAUACAUAGUAAUAAACCACAUCGAAGAAAACGACAUGCUGGACAUGCGCACGAUGAUGAGACGACGACCAGCGCCUUGCAUCCACCCGAGAUCACAGCGGAAUUCCUGCAGCGUAUAUUUGUCGAGUAUGGACAUAAGGCUGAUGGCACAAUGACGGUGGAAGAAUUUCAGCGCAUACUGAAAAAGCUCGGCUUGAAUCAGCUGAUAGAAGGAGAUAGUUCAGCACAACAACAACAGCGACAAGAAAAAACCGCCCAACAUUUACAGCAUUCUGCGGCGAACCAGCAGCAGGCGACCAGCAAUGGCACUUGUGUUAGCGAUGCCGCACUAGUCUACCACGUCCAGCCACAUAAACGAAUUGAACACACACACCUGCAUAUCGAGCGCGCCAUGAAUUGCAAUGAUACCGAUGCAACGGAUUGUGCGCAUGCGCAACAAAAUCAAUCAAAGCAUAGAGUGUUGCAUGAACACACGCCAAAUUAUACGAUUAGCAAAGAAGAUAUGCUGCAUCUGUGUCCAGUAUUGUUGUAUCAAAUGGCGUCACCACUGGCUGGUGAUCGCGCCGGUUGCAUAGAUUCCUCGAUACUGGAGCAUGUUGAAGCAUACGAAGCGAGCGAAUACGACGUCAAGGAGGAUAUUGUUUAUG